GAUUGCCACACCCCCCCUGGCCACACACUGACACACCCAUCCAAAUCUCUUCUUCCACUCCUUACCAGCACCAGGCAAGUGCACACGGCAAGGAAGCAACAAGCACCGGCAAUUUGGGCACCAAGAAAAGGGAGAUUCUUGGAUUGUUUUUUCGGCGAAGAUGGUUUCGCCCAUGGUGAUCGCGUCGGCGGGGCUCGGGAUGCUGGCGGGCGUGGCGAUGGCGAACCGGACGACGGGCGACGGGCUGCCGGCGGCGUCCAGGUGGAACGCGCGGCCCCGUUGCUCCACGUGCAGCGGCACCGGCCGGGAGGAGUGCCUCUGCAGCCGUUGGUCCGACGGCGACGUCGGCUGCGGGACGUGCUCCGGCUCCGGUCGCAAGCGGUGCCGCAGCUGUGGAGGCUCUGGCACCGGCCGGCCGCUCCCGGCGCGACUCGUCGUCCAGGAGCAGAAGCUGCCGACCCCGCCCGGGCGACGCGGAGACUACAACUAAUAUUCGUCGGUUUCCCAGAGGAAAUCAGUUGUGCAAUUAGGCGGAGCUGAACUAACGCACGAGUGUAUAUGCAACAUGUUCACUCUUGUGGAUGUGAUACGUGCCUCCUUCAAGACGUACUAGUAGUUAUGCAUAAAACAUUUUUAGAGCUCCUUUGAUUCAAAGGAAUUUUAUAGCAAUUUUUAGAGGAUUUAAAUUCUUAGGGAUCUUUCCUGCGUUGGCAGUUUGAUUCAUAUGGUUGCAAUCCUUUGGAAUUUUUCCUUUGAAUCCAUUUCCAUUCUAUUUUUGAGGAAAAUUUCCAUCCGCUCAAUCCUUUAUUAAGAAUUCCAACGUUUCUCCUAU